AUGGCCCCCGCGCCCUGUGCCAUCUGCAAGACAGAAAGAGCGCUGAUCAAGCGGCCCAAGAAUCACCAAAAGCUGUGCAAGCAGUGUUUUAUCACAAUUUUCGAAGAUGAAGUCCACCAUACAAUAUCCUCAUCUCAGCUCUUCUACCCUGGUGAGCGGGUGGCCAUAGGCGCCUCUGGAGGCAAGGAUUCCACAGUCUUGGCCUCCGUCUUGAAGACACUUAAUGAUCGUCAUAACUACGGGCUCGACCUUAUUCUUCUCAGUAUAGAUGAAGGCAUCAAGGGAUAUCGAGAUGAUUCCCUUGAGACGGUCAAGAGAAACUCUCAACAGUAUGAUAUGCCCCUCAAGAUUGUUGGCUACGACGAGCUCUAUGGCUGGACAAUGGACCAGGUCGUCGAGACCAUUGGCAAGAAGGGCAACUGCACAUACUGCGGGGUGUUCCGGCGGCAGGCCCUCGACCGGGGUGCGAAGAUGCUGGACAUCAAGCAUGUCGUCACUGGCCAUAACGCGGACGACGUCGCGGAGACUAUUCUAAUGAACCUCCUGCGGGCUGACAUUGCCCGGUUGUCCAGGAGCACCAACAUAAUGACUGGAAGCGAUGCCUCCGAGGUCAAGCGCAGCAAGCCGCUUAAAUAUGCUUACGAAAAGGAGAUUGUCUUGUAUGCACACCACAAGAAGCUCGACUACUUCAGCACCGAGUGCAUCUACAGCCCCGAAGCAUUCCGAGGCAGCGCUCGUGGUUUGAUAAAGAGCCUGGAGAGAGUGCGGCCAAGUGCUAUUCUCGACAUUGUUCGAAGCGGUGAAGAUAUGGCGAGGCUGGUCCCAGGCGAGGUAUCUGGGUCCUGUGAAUGCAAGGGAGGCGGGCAGUCAUUGGACAAUGAAGUUGGUGGCGGCUGCGGGUCACGGAACGGGCAAGGAACCAAGAAAGAACUGGCCGCGCUGGAAGCGAAACAAAGCGAAACCGAGGCAGCCGAAGCCCUGGAAACAGACAUUACUACUCAAACCGUCCCCGUCACGAGGAAGGUUGCCCUGCGUCCUGCCCCGGGUGCUAAGAGAGCCACCGUCACUCAGCAGGUGCUGGGAAGGUGUGAGAGUUGCGGCUACAUGUCGAGCCAGGCAAAGUGCCAGGCAUGCAUGCUCCUGGAUGGUCUGAACAAGAACCGAGCCCAGAUCCAGAUAUAG